AUGAAUUUUUUUCCUUCAAGACCACCGCUUAGAGCACCUGUUGGCGUAGUGGAUCUUUGCUUCUGUGAAGCUGUCGUGCGACGCUUUCACAGCAGCGUCGCGACGGGUGCUAUGGGUGUGUGUGCUGUGGGUGCGUACUUUCUCUCUUUCACCCCAAUCCGCGACCUGUNUCUUCAUAGUUGCCCAAGUUUAAAGCUUUUUGCAAUGGGAACAAAUGGAGAACCAGAGCACAAUCUGAUGAUUGGAGAGAGCGAUGCACAUCUUAUGCAAAUUGAUCCGAGAAGAAGCCGGUUUCCAUACUGCAUUGUGUGGACACCCCUUCCUGUGUUAUCAUGGUUUCUUCCUUGUAUUGGCCACAUUGGGAUAUGUAGGGAGGACGGAGUUAUAUUGGAUUUUGCUGGGCCGAAUUUUGUAUGUGUUGACAAUUUUGCAUUUGGAUCACCGACCCGCUUUUUUCAAAUAAGUAAAGAGAAGUGCUGCACUAUUGCCAAUUCUGUUGUACAUGAUAGCAAUGAUGAAACCGACCUUGGAAGAGAUAUUGUGACAUGGGAUGAUGCAUUACGUAAAAGCACACAGGAAUACCAACACCAUUCCUACAACAUUUUCACUUGCAACUGCCAUUCAUUCGUAGCCAAUGGUUUGAACAGGUUGAAGUUUCAGGCUGGCGGGUGGAAUGUGGUAAACUUGGCUGUUUUGAUUUUUCUCAAGGGACAAUGGGUUAGUAAAGCAGCUAUUGUGCGAACUUAUUUACCAUUUAUCAUAGUACUUGGCUUAGGACUUACAAUUGGAGGAUGGGCGUUCCUUACUUACUUGGCAAUCUUCUUAUUUGUACUUGUUGGCUGGUUUUUCCUUGGAGCUUAUUGCAGUAUAUCUGCUGUUCAUCAUUUGGCAAUUUUGCAUUAUGAGAAAAUUAUUUUUCACAAAAUUAAAGAAGGAGGAGUUCUGAUGGGAAAGAGUUUUAUACAUUGCAUUGAGCCCCAAAAGAGGAGAUUUUGGUCUGGUCAUGUAGAUGAAGAAUGUGGAGCUGAUACGAUGCAGCUCAACACCACUUCCUCCGCGAUUGGUAAUGGCACAACCAGAAGAGGAGUAGGGCGGACAAGGUUACAUGCUGGGUAG